AUGUCAAAUAGUGCUCUUCUAAGGAUAUCCGAAGUUAUCAAGCUUAACCAUCGCGAACUAGAGCAGUAUUACGACAACAUUGUCAACAGUGGAGAUAAGAGUGUGCAAGAACGUUACCAAAAUAUCUUUAUCUGGGAGCUUGCACGCCACUGUAUUGGUGAGGAGAUCAUUCUGUACCCCGCCAUAGAGUCAUAUGUCAAGAAUGGUCAGCUUGUAGUCGCGAGACAUCGCUUAGAGAACCAACAAUUAAUGGAUACACUUCGCCUUUUCCAGAGCAUUAGACCCGGAGAUGCUGAGUUUCUUCUAUGCAUUCAAUCGCUGUUUAAGGACCUAGGGAAGCGGAUCAAAGAAGAAGAGGCACAAGAUCUUAUUCCCUUAGAAAAGGCUCUGGAGAAUCAAGACUCAUACACCUUGGCAAGCAAUUUCCAGCGAACUAAAGGCUUUGUACCAACGCGGAGUCAUCCAAUGUCUUCUAAGAAGCCACCUUUCGACACUCUGGACGCCUUCCUGGCAACCCCAGUUGAUAAGUUGGCCAAUCUACUCCCUUUAACUCUAAACUGA